GGAAGUAUUAAGUAAAGUCGCGGUACUGACCUUCCUCCGUUACAGCCUGGUCACUCUCUCCCUCCGUAUCUAGCUAUAACAUCGUUUUAUUAACAACAACUCUACAACAAUGCCUAAGGAAACUUUAGAUGCUGUUGUAGGCCAACCUGAACGGAAAUUUCGAAAGCCUCGAAUAUAUCGUUGGAUAUUCUCAGCUGUCGUUGGCGUUUUUUUGUUCAUCACUAGUCACUAUGAUUUUUCAAAUAAUCAAACGGAUGUGGCUUCUGUAGAGGAUAAUGGUCUUGACGGACAUCACCGUAACCCUUUAUUCGAGUUGGAAAAAGAAACUUCAGACUUUUUGGAUGAAUUAGAUGUUCCUGAAGACAACGAGUACGUUGAAAGAUCCCGUGGAUACGACGAUGUUUGUAUGCAACCAAUUGCUCGUAAUCCUAAGAGAGAGGCUUUUAUCGGUAAUGUUUCCACGUUGGAUAUUAUAGCCAGCGACUCUUUUCGUAAUGAUUCCCUUGAACGGUUUAAGCAGGUCUUAAAUGUUCCCUCGGUUUCUUACGACGAUAUGGGCCCUGUGGAUGAGGAUCCUCGUUGGAAAAUCUUUAGUGUCUUGGAAGAGAAGCUGCGUUCGCUUUUCCCUACUACAUUUGGUCAUAUUAAAUUCGAACGUGUUGCCGGACACGGCUUCCUUUUCACCUGGGAGGGCAGCGAUUCGUCUCUCAAGCCUAUUGUUUUCAUGGCCCACCAGGACGUCGUGCCCGUAGCAGAAAGCUCACUGAAUCUUUGGCUCUAUCCUCCAUUCAAUGCUACUUACCACGACGGAAAUGUCUAUGCACGCGGUGCCGUGGACGACAAAAGUUCGCUGGUUGCCAUCUUUGAAACUUUCGAGUUGUUGGCAAAGUCGAACUGGACGCCGAAGCGCACUGUCAUUGCUUCUAUCGGUUUUGACGAGGAGAUUUCGGGCUUUUAUAGUGCCAAGUAUUUAGCUGAUCGCUUGUAUUCACGCUAUGGCCCUAACGGAGUUGAGCUCAUUCUCGAUGAAGGCGGAUUUAUGCUUGAUUUCUUUGGCAAACGCUAUGUUGCCGUUUCCGUCUCCGAAAAGGGUUAUGUCGAUGUUGAGCUUUCGUUGAAGACUGCUGGCGGUCACUCCUCAGUCCCUCCUGCACGGACAAACAUUGAGCUUAUGAGUGAACUUAUCCUUGAACAAGGCCAAUUCCAUCCCAACCUCAUUAAAGAGAGUCCUUUCUUCGCUUCUCUUCAAUGCUUUGCCAAGUACAGUCCCAAGAUGCACCCGAAGCUGCGUCAUUUGAUCAAGAAGGGCGAUGUGCAUCGUCUCAGCCGGGUACUUUCUCGCUCAGCCAUGUUCCGCUACUUCUUUACGACUUCGAAGGCUGUCGAUGUCAUAAAGGGUGGUGUCAAGGCAAACGCCUUGCCUGAGCAGACCGUUGCUCUGGUCAACCAUCGCAUUGCCCAUGGCAACUCAAUUGCUGAUGUAAAGAAGUUCUAUAAGAGAACGCUUGUCACUUUCGCCAAACACCAUCACCUUAUUCUUGAUCUUUUUAACGAAACCUUGCACGAACCGAAGAAGCCUCUUGGCUACCUCUCGGCGUCUAUGAUCAAGCCUUUAGAGCCAGCACCUAUUUCUCCUUACGGUCCCGAUGCGAAGGCUUUCCACACUUUGGGAGCUGCCAUUAAACACACCUUCGGCAAUGAAAGUAUCGUUGUUCCUACCUUGAUGCCUGCAAACACCGACACCCGUCACUACUGGAAUGUCAGUGAGAACAUCUUCCGCUGGACACCUGUAAACCGUGAUAUGGGUCGUAAGCUCGGCAAUGCUCACACCGUUAACGAAUACAUUCCUUAUGACGGUCAUAUGGACUCAAUUAACUUCUUCCACGAGUUGAUUCGUAUUUACGAUGAAGCUUAAUUUGCAAUUUAUUUCGCUGUUUAGUUUUACUUUUGUUUUGCUACCACUUUGAUAGUCGGAGCGUUUUGUUGUUUUUUUUUUUAUUAUUUUUAUUUUUUUGAUAUAAUCCUUUUAAAAUCAUUCAUUAUCUUA